UCCAUGCAUUUUGCAGAACAUUCACAUAGCCAUGAACACCUCUCUGCUGACUUCUUCAAGCUGCAUAAACCCUAGUACCAGUGCUGCAGCUGCUAAGCCUAAACCUUCUUUUCUAAAUUGUCAUGCACGCAAAGCCACUAAAAUUUCAUGCAGACCCACGAAUUGUUACGAGGGCGGUAGUACUAGUCAUACCAAUUUCUACAAGCUACUUAGCUUGAGUCCGAAUACUAAAACGAGCAAAGACGAGAUCAAGCGAGCUUACAGAAGCAUGGCGCUUCGCUAUCAUCCAGAUGUAUGUCAUGAUCAACAAAAUUCCAAUAUUUUAACCGAGCGAUUUGUGCAACUGAACGAGGCUUACAAGACGCUAUCAGAUCCUCUGUUGCGUGAUGAAUACGAUUACGAGUUGGGUUUGAAAGAUUAUUGUAACAAUAGUUGUAGUAGGAGGAGCACCUUCACAUACAGUAUGGAUAAUUCUGUCAGAAAUAAUCAAGGUGCACAAAACAGAUGGAGUCAACAAAUUCUUGAGUUGAAGAGAAGGUCGCAAAAGGAAGGAUCAUGGGCCAGCAGAAUGAGGAGAGCUCGCGCCAUUGACUAG